CGGAUUGUGGUGACUCGGAGGACAGCAGUCCCAGGCUGAGGUUAAACACGUUGUAAAAGUCUUAACAGACGAAACUACAGCUUCACCAACUGCAGGUUGCUGUACCGAACGCACCAAUCCCUCCACUCGAUGGAACGGGCCACCCAAUGCAGGGACGCCAAUCAAUGGACUGACGAGAACCUGACACGGCGUGGCGUUUGCAAGACUGACGGGGUGGAUCCACCCGCUGGAAUUAUCGACUGCAGACAUCUGUGACUUUUAAUGACAGCCUCCCCUGUCGUCUGUCGUUCUUUAGUUAUCUCUCUUCGGAAAAUAAAGAUGGAGAGCUCCGACACAGAGAUUCAGCAGGAGCACGAAGAACCGUCCGAGGACGCCGCUAGCCCACGUCGUCGGCAGAAGACGGCGCGAGUGGUCCAGCGGUCCAAGACGUUGCUGGUGCUCCUGGACUUUGUUCUCGUCAUCUCGGCCGCCGUUGUCAUCGCCGUGGGCGCGUACGUGCAAGUGAGCCUGCGGCAGUACUGUACGUUCUGCUGGGACGACGACAUCUGGACUAGCGUCGGCCUCGUCUUCGGGGGGAUAGUCGUCUUCCUCGUCGCAUUCCUCAGCUUCGUGGGCAGUGUCAAGGGCAACCUGCGGGCUCUAGUCACCUGCGUGCUGAUGAUGGGCGUGGUGGUGCCCUUGCUGGCAGCGGGAGGCAUCGCAUGGUUUCUCCAUGGAGACGAGCUUGAAGAGCAGGUGGCGCGUGGUGCUCUGAACUCCCUGCUGAACGUGGAAGGCGACUACGAUACAUCCUCGGAUGUGGGCAACUCCGCCACGCGCACCUUCGACGCGCUCCAGCGAACCUUCAAGUGCUGCGGCGUCUACAACUACACCGAGUGGGACACCUACGACCUGCCGCAGAUCUACCCGGUCUCUUGCUGCAAGCACGGGGCAGCAGGAGGUCAAGACCGUGGACUGACGGUUUCGUGCACUAUCAACACCGCCCCUUGCGGGCCACCUUUCACCAGCUGGGUCAAGGACAAGAUGUCGGUGGUGGGCAUCGUGGCUGGUGUCGCCGUGGCCUUGAUUCCAGUUGUAAUCUUGGCGGGGCGCUGGCUUUCUUCCUCAUCUGUGCCUUGUGCGGCGAGAAGACGGAGCCAGAGCAGACGCCCAUCUGUGAAGACGUGGACGAUUCUCCGAUCGAGAUCACCAUCGAGUUUGGACGCCAUCGCCACCCCUGACUUUAAGUGUAAAAGCAGAGAAAGGACAUUUUCCUGUUAAGGAUUUCAGAACUCGUCAGCCUUACUCUUGAAUCAACUCGUCAGCAAUACAUCCUACCCAUGGGUUGACUAGUAAUAGCAGACUCAUAUGAGUAGGGUUGUUUUUCAAACUAAACCGUCUUUUAUAUAUUUUGUUUGUUGAAUCUCGAGGACUGACUGAGUCCAUCAGUAUCACUACAGUCUUUCAGUUACUCCAUCUUAUAACUCCAGCUAGCUUUAAAUAGCCUUGUCUUCCAUAUGUACAACCUUAAUAAUCUAUAUACAGUAUUAAUUUUUUGGUAAAAUGCUUUCUGUGAAAUAGAAUGCAGUUUUUUUUAAAUCAUUUUUAUUGCCAUUGACCCUAAUUUUCAUCGUUUGUUUCGCCACUUUCAUAUAUUCUGUCACAUAAAAGGAUGGCUGGGAAUAUACCCGGUUAGCAUGCAGCAUUAUCCGUUUGUUUACAGAAUGCAGAUCAGUACAAACAACAGAAUUAAUAGCCAGUGAAUCAGUAUUUUUUUCUUUUAGUCAUUUUCAUAACUGACCAUUUUUGUUUCGUAUCACUGUUGGAGUACAUGUGAACACGAUUUUGUGUAGCUCUGUAGAUGAAACGCAUCUUGUGUUGUGUAACAAUAUCCUUUUUAUGUGUUGAUAAAAAAUGAAAUUUUACUUUGUCCGGCCAGUAGAAUUUUUGGCACAGAAGCAGUUAUUACUUCUUGCGAAUAAUGAAUACAUUUAGGGCUCAACGUGCACUUACCUCCGAUCAUGCCAGCUUGCGAGAUCCACCCUUGUCCACCAUUAAAGGCUUAGUUUUGCAAGCAUGAAGGCCACACUUCCGAACCUGUCUAUAUUUGUAAUGAAGUUUUGUGGGGCACCUUGUGUAUUAGUUCACAUGUUGGUAUGUUUCACACCAAGAUAUAUCAGAAGCAGCAGGAUAUCAUCCCUCUCUCCUACCCCUACCUUUUAUUACAUACCAUUGUCAUCUAACGACCUCACGUAUUUAAAAAAAUUAUUUUUACAUUAUUAAGUCAUCUUGUUUAAUGAAAGUUUGAUGUUGUAUGUGAUGGAUGUGUGUUCAGUCAUAUUUGAUGUGCACAAUGAAUAUGUAAUCCUGUAAUCUUAUAAUCCUGACAUCUUGUUUGUAAUCAUGUAAUCCUGAGAUCUGAUAUAAUAAUCUUGUAAUUAUGAACAUGUUACUUCCCUUUAUUAUCGAUACGCAGCAUUGCUAGAUAACAGAUUCACAUAAUACCAUCGAUCAUUUGUUUCUGUGUCUGGAAACACACAAAGUCCUCCAUUUGUGGCAAUGAAUGAGCCACUCACAGAUGACUUAGAGGCCCCGCCAUUAGCAGAACAGAAGGUUAGGAACAUCGAUCUUUCUCUCCAUGAGUAGCACCAGGGUGUGCGACACCGGCACCAGAAGCUGAAAUCAAUAGCAGGAAAUCAUCUUCUUUCUUCUGGCACUUGACUUUUUUAUUUUGAUAUUGCUUCAGCGAACGUGGCCCACGCAAAACACAAGCUUGGGGUCUGAAUCCCAACCUUGCCUCUCCUGUACUUCCAAAAGUCAUUUAUCAUUUGUCAACUGUUUAUCUUAUCUCGAUGUCAAGAAAUGAGUUUAUAUCUUUUCUAGAAUCCUGUUCUCUGAGUCCUCUCAUUUUUUAUGUUUAAAUUUGUGUACAAACACUCGUUGUAAAACAUGUUGAAGUACAUGGCUUGCCGUUUAUGAGUAAUGAAGUUGGUAUCAACAAUCCAUCCGUGUCUUGACAUUAAAGAAAUCG